UCUCCCGAGCCCACGAUGGCGGACGAGGUCGAUUUCACUACUGGAGAUGCCGGCGCUUCCAGCACCUACCCUAUGCAGUGCUCGGCCCUGCGCAAAAACGGCUUCGUGGUGCUCAAAGGGCGACCGUGCAAGAUAGUGGAGAUGUCAACGUCCAAAACUGGGAAGCACGGCCAUGCCAAGGUUCACCUUGUUGGAAUUGAUAUUUUCACUGGCAAAAAAUAUGAGGAUAUUUGCCCUUCUACUCACAACAUGGAUGUUCCGAAUAUUAAGAGAAAUGAUUAUCAACUGAUAUGCAUUCAGGAUGGUUACCUUUCCCUGCUGACAGAAACUGGUGAAGUCCGUGAGGAUCUUAAACUGCCAGAAGGUGAACUAGGCAAAGAAAUAGAAGGGAAAUACAACGCAGGCGAAGACGUACAGGUGUCCGUCAUGUGCGCAAUGAGUGAAGAAUACGCUGUAGCCAUAAAGCCCUGCAAAUAAGGCGGGGCAGACCUCAGGCCUGAAUAAACCGUUUAGGCCUGGGUCAAUUGCAGGUGUCAAGUUUGGCUUUAAGUAGCCACCAAAGCCAUGGCCUUCAUCAGCCACCUCGGUUUUGUUUUUUUGUUUGUUGGGCUUUUUUUUUUUUUAAACUGUGUUGACAUUAUGCUGGGUUAGUUUUGUAAGUAACUGGCAAAUUUAAGAAAAUAAGAUAUAUGACUCUUUUUCCUUAGUUUUGUAGAUCUCUUCCCUGUAACAUUCCUGUGGUUUUCAGUAUGUGACUCCAAGAAACAGACAAGAUAGCUUCAGGAAAUAUAAUUUGUGUGAUAAAAUUAUUCUGUCAUUUUUUUAGUUAAUGAUAAGUAAACCAGGGUUUGAAAUCAGCAUAACAUAUAGUGGUAUGACAGUGCCACAUUAGGUUGAUUUGCUCUGUAUUAAUUUCAGACUUAAUGGUACAGAAUCUAAGAACUGUGGAUUGGAAUUGUCACUAUGGCAAAAAAAAAAAAAAAAACUUUU